CUUCUAUACGAGGAGACGAGGACACCAGUGGGCAUCGUUUACAAUGUCGAAACAGAUGUCGGCGAAGGAAAAGUUGACAGCGCAUGAAAACACUCUGAAAAUUGAAAAUGCUUUGCGAAAGAUGAAAAAUAGAGAUGUUCCGGCUACUCACGAUCCUACGAUUUACGUGGAUGACAACGGCAAGGAGUUCAAAACUACUGACAGAAUUAUCAAGUCUGUUCCAGCUCCAACAGAUGUGAUUCCUAGUAACGAGCAGUUGUUUGGAAACCACGGGGGGUUGCCAGAUUACAAUUUUUUGAGAGAACAUUUCAAAAGAGAGGGUAAAUUGAGACAAGAUCAAGUGCUAAAAAUCAUCAAAAUGGCGACGUCUAUAUUCGAUGCCGAGCCAAAUCUAUUGGAAAUUCCACCCCCAGUGACUGUGUGCGGUGAUGUCCAUGGACAAUUCUACGACCUCUGUAAGCUAUUUGAGAUCUGCGGUGGCCCGGAUAAAACCUCUUUCCUAUUUUUAGGUGAUUACGUCGACAGAGGUUCAUACUCGCUGGAGGUGCUAUUGUUGUUGUACAGUAUGAAAAUAAACCAUCCGAAAACGUUCACCAUGUUGAGAGGCAAUCACGAAACCAAGCAGAUGACACAGCAUUUCACCUUCAAGAGCGAAUGUUUGGUCAAGUACUCGAUCGAGGUUUACCACGCCUCGUUGAAGUCAUUCUGUGCGUUGCCUAUAGCAGCUAUAAUGAACAAGCAGUUUUUCUGUGUGCACGGAGGUAUUUCGAAAGACAUCAAAUACAUAUCAGAGGUUCAAGAAAUCAACAGGUUCCAGGUUGAUUUUCCAUCUCAUGGUGCCUUCUGCGAUUUGAUGUGGUCGGAUCCGUCCAACAAUUUCGACAACGAGCCGUAUGGAACGAGUCACAAGGUGAAGGAUUUCAGCGAGAACUAUGAAAGAGGCUGUUCUUAUAUGUACUCCUACAACGCUGUGUGUCAGUUCUUAGAGAGAAACAAUCUUUUGUCAGUAUUAAGAGCGCAUCAGGCGCAGGAUAAGGGUUAUCGGAUGUACAAGAAGACCCCAACACAGCAAUUUCCUUCAGUUAUCAGUUUAUUUUCCGCCCCUAACUACUGUGGGACGUAUGGCAACAAGGCAGCCGUCCUGAAGUACGAUGUGUCGACAAUGAACAUCAGACAGUUCAGUUCCCAGCCAGAGCCGUACCACCUACCAAGUUUUAUGAACGUGUUCACCUGGUCGAUACCUUUUGUUGCCGAGAGGGUGUGUGAGAUUCUUUUCAGCGUCUUGAAUAUAUGUACAGACGAGGAGUUAGAGAUGGAUACACCGUUGUCGAAAGAGCUUGCGAGAUCGUUGCUUGAAAUCCAAGGCGAGAACGACAGGAAACGUCUGUUUGGCCUGUCCAAGCAACUUGCGUCCAGCAGCUCGAGAAAGCUAUCGACAGGGUCGUCCCGCUCGUCACAUUCGUCCCGUUCGUCCCGUUCGUCUUCUAUAAGUAAGGGAUCGGGAUCGGGCACACACUCGCAGCAUGACGGAGAGGCGGUGGAAGAGGUCAACAAGGAUGGAGAGAACGACGAAGCAUGCAAGGAGUCGAAGACGCUAGCAAACAUCGCUUUACGAAACAAGAUCUUGGCCAUCGGCAGGUUGUCGAGAAUGUUCAACUUGCUAAGACAGGAAUCGGAGAAGGUGGAGCAGCUCAGAGCGUAUUCUGGCGGCUUGACGCUUCCUAAGGGUGUCUUGAUCCAGGGUAGCGACGAGUUGGACAAGCAGCUAUCGCACUUCGAGAGAGUGCGUUUGGCAGACCUGUCCAACGAGGCCGUGCCCCCAAGCGCCGAGGAGCAGAGCAAAGAAGACGACAGCAAGUACAAGCGGCUUUGGGAACGGGUUGCCCGAGAAGUGUGAGCUUUGUGUAAACUUGGAGUAUAAUGAUGAUAAAGACGGAACGAACAAAAUAGAAAACUCUCGCCCCGCAUUCAAGGUUUACAAAAUUGCUGUAUAGUUUACGAUGUGUAAUCUGCAACCACCUGUUGUACCUGCUGCACAUCGCCGGCCAGUGUUGGUCGUGUACGUUGCAUCUGUGCCG